GGCCAUUCGAUCCACCAAAUAGUUGCAGUUUCGUAACCCACAUAAAUUAGAAGAAGGAGGUAACCUAAUCUGCAUUACAAUUCACAAUUCGCACUUGUAAUUUACAGAGAGGAGGAAAGGUCUUGUUGAGCAGAAUCAGAAGAAUAUGGACGAGGAAGAGCACGAGGUGUACGGAGGAGAAAUCCCCGACGUCGGAGAAAUGGAAGCAGACGUCGACAUGUCCGCCGCCGACGAUGACGCCGCCGCCGUCAAGGAGCUCGACGAAAUGAAGCGCCGCUUGAAGGAAAUGGAAGAAGAAGCCGCCGCUCUUCGUGAGAUGCAAGCUAAAGUCGAGAAGGAGAUUGGCACCGUUCAAGAUCCGGCUGCUGCAGCUGCUUCACAAGCAAACAAGGAGGAGACAGAUGGUCGGUCCGUUUUUGUUGGCAAUGUUGAUUAUGCAUGCACACCUGAAGAAGUGCAGCAACACUUUCAAUCAUGUGGUACAGUUAACAGGGUCACUAUCCUGACAGACAAGUUUGGCCAGCCUAAAGGUUUUGCUUAUGUGGAAUUUGUGGAAGCUGAAGCUGUUCAAGAGGCUCUCCGGUUGAAUGAAUCUGAACUGCAUGGCCGUCAACUGAAGGUUCUGCCUAAGAGGACCAAUGUUCCUGGAAUGAAGCAAUAUCGUCCUAGGCGCUAUGAUCCUUACAUGGCAUAUGGUUUCAGGAGGCCAUAUGCUCCUUCUCCAUACUUCUACUCCCCUUAUGGGAAGGUUCCUAGGUUUAGAAGGCCAGCGCGUUACAUGCCUUACUACUAGAAGUUCUUAUGGAAUGGUGUUGAAGAUUUGGUGAUGGGUGCAUCCUGGAGUAAAUAACUUAUUCUGGCGAGCUUUUAGUGAUGCUAAUCUUCAUCUCAAUUAUGUACUCUGUGACUAAGAAUAUAUUUUUUUGUCCAUUUUUCUUACUUAGAUCUUGGGAGAUAGUCAUUAUGUGACUGUAUUGUUGCAAGGUCAGUCUUUAUACUUUACAUUACAGUGACAAAAGAAUAUAAACUGCAUUAAACU